AUGGCUGUUAGGGAUUUCAAUGUUAUUGACUCAGCUAGGGAGAGAUCUGGGGGGCUUCUCCAAACAUUACCAAUAUGGAAGAGUUUAGUCAAGUUGGAUCGUACAGUAGUGAAUAAUUUGUGUUCAGAGGCUUAUGGGUUCUCUCGAGUGAUUCGAUACGGGUGGCAUAGGGAAGUGGAAGAUAUCGGGAUGGUCAAAUUCUAUAAUAAGUUAAAAUCGGUGAAGAAAGUGGCGUUGAGAUGGGUGAAAGAGGGGUAUGCAAACACAAAGUUCUUCCACUCUGUGGUUCGACAGAGGGGAUGGCUAGAGAACUUGCAAGAUAUUAAACAUUUUGCAGUUUGUUUCUAUGAAGAACUUUUCUCGUCUAAUGCAGCUAUUAAUAGGGAGUUGCCUACGAUGGAGGAGGUUAAGGCUGUGGUUUUCUCAAUGGAAACGGACAGUGCACCUGGAAUAGAUGGGUUUGGAGCAGUGUUCUAUCAAGCUUUUCCUAAAGUGGAAGGUACGGCUCAUUGGAAAGAUUUUCACCCCAUUAGUCUUUGCAAUGUUAGUUCCAAGGUCAUUUCAAAAGUUUUGGUUUCGAGGUUGGAGGGACUAUUGGAAAAGGUAGUUGCACCUUGGCAAACUAGUUUUGUUCAAAGACGGUCUAUUAUCGUUAAUGUAUUGGUGGCUCAGGAGUUUGUUUCAGAUUUAGACUGUAAACUGGUUCAAAGUAAUUUGAUGCUUAAGCUUGAUAUGGAGAAGGCUUAUAAUAGGGUAGAGUGGGAACCAACAGGAUUCUUCACUUCAACUCGUGGAGUUCGGCAAAGCGACCCAUUGUCACCAGCCUUAUUCCUUCUUGUUGCAGAAUUUUUGGGUAGAGGACUUCUUUAUAUUUUCCUUCAGGAUGACCGAAGGUUCUAUGUUAUUGUAGGCAGUCAGGUUACUUAUCUUGCAUUUGCUGAUGAUAUGCUGAUUUUCUCUCGUUGCUUAGAGAAUACAGUAUUGCUAUUAGUGAUCUGUUGCACCUAUAUGAGUCUUACUCUGGGCAGCGAGUAA